AUGGGAAUCCCCCCUGAAUCCAUGGCUAUCAUCGAUGGUGAAUUCCUACGCCUGAAGAAAAUCCGAGAAAUCGAGCUCGACCAGGAUAUAGUGGCUUUCCUGGAUGCUGCACAUUCGUCGUUGAAAUCAAAGGGCGCAUCGAACCCCCGAGGCCCUUUUAAGAGGUCUCUCAUCCAUUACGCGGCAAUGGGAGAUUGCUGCGAGCUACUGCGUUAUCUCUUAGAAGCCGGUGCAUUCGAAGACGAUUUGGAUCAGAACAGGCGGACACCUCUCUCCUGGGCUGCAGAGUAUGCUGCCCUGGGUUCCGUAAAGAUUCUAUUGGAAUAUGGAGCGAACAUCAACUCCAUGGAUGACAUGUAUUCGACGCCUUUGUCAUGGCUGGUGCACGCAGGAAAGCCUACGGCACAAUCCAAAGCCACAAAAGCGUAUCUGAGAAAGAAUGGUGCGAAAAGAGGUGCUAUGCGUGGUUGGGUCUUGAGGAAGAUCAAAAGACUCUGA